AUGCCACAAGACCGUCCUGAUUUAGUCACGAGGGUAUUUCAUGCCAAGUUUGAGCAAUUAAAAGAAGACAUCAUCAACAAAGGGGUGCUGGGAAAAGUGGCUGCACAUGCUUUCGUUGUUGAAUUUCAAAAACGGGGCCUACCACAUGUUCAUAUGCUGAUUAUGUUAGAAGAAAAUGACAAGCUUAAUAACCCUGAUGAAUAUGAUCGCAUUGUUAGAGCUGAAAUACCAUAUGAGGACGAGGAGCCUCAACUUUAUGAUGCAGUGUGUACACAUAUGAUUCAUGGUCCAUGUGGAACUCUUAACCCAAGGCAGUCAUGUAUGAAAAAUGGGAGUUGCAAUAAAGGCUACCCAAAACCAUUUGCAAAUUUCACUGUGCAAGGGAAUGAUGCAUAUCUUGUAUAUCGGAGACUAGCAAGUCAUUUACCGGUACCUUCGCGUAGACGAGGAGAUGUGAUGGUGGAUAACAGUUGGGUGGUUCCCUACAACCCAUGGUUGCUAUUACGGUAUAAUUGUCACAUCAAUGUUGAAAUAUGUGGGAGCAUAAAAAGUGUCAAGUACUUAUAUAAGUAUAUCUAUAAAGGUCCCGGCAGAGUGGCACUUGAGCUGCAAUCAAACCCAGAGUUUGAUGAAAUUAGACAAUUUGUUGAUGCAAGGUGGGUCUAUGCACCAGAGGGUUUAUGGAGGAUCUUCAAAUUUGCUAUGAACAAAAUAUAUCCAACAGUAGAGCGAUUACAAAUACAUCUUCCCAACAUGCAACAGAUAACAUUCAAUGUUGAUGAAACAGUAGAGAAUAUUCUGGUAGAUGAGCACGCACCAAUGUCAAUGCUCACUGAGUUUUUCACCAUAAAUCGAAUGGAUGAGGAUGCAAGAGCAUAUUUGUAUCGAGAAAUUCCUGAACAUUACAGGUGGGAUAACAGCAACAAAAUUUGGGUGAAACGAAGGAGAAACUACAAGGUUAUUGGGAGAAUAUACAGUAUCUCACCGUCUGAAGGUGAGAAAUUUUACCUGCGUGUCUUUCUUAACCAUUUCAGAGGUCCAGGAUCAUUUCAUGAUUUGCUUACUGUUGAUGGUGUUCUACAACUAACUUUCAAGCAAGCAACAGAGAAACAAGGUUUGCUAGAAAAUGACAAUAGUAUCUGA